AGGAAGAGGAGGAGGAGAAGAAGGAGGAGGAGAAGAAGGAGGAGGAGGAGGAGGAGGAGGAAGGGGAGGAGGAGUCUCUGUCCUGCCCCUUAGAACCCCCCGCCUCCCAGGAGGAGACGGCGCAGUCCGCCCACCUCAUGACUCUGGGUCUGUGCCGCAUCUCAGCCACCAAACCUCCCCCUCCUCCUCCUCCUCCUCCCCCUCUCUCUCCUCCUCCCCCUCUCUCUCCUCCUCCUCCCCCUCUCUCUCCUCCUGCCCCUCCUCCCCCUUGCUCCUCCCAGCCUGCCCCCCCACCUCCUGAUGACCACCUAAACCAGUCACCCAGCAGCCUGGCGAGGGGGAGGAGCUUGCCAUGUCUCCUGUGCGGUCUGACGCUGCCGUCGCGCCGGCUGCUGAGUGUCCACAUGCGCUCUCACCGGGCUGGCGGCGGGUUCAGCUGCGUCUCCUGCAGCGUGACGGCAGACAGCUGGGAGGAGCUGGAGCCUCAUUGGAGGAGCCACUGCAGGGGGCGGGGCAGGGGGCGGGGGGAGGAAGGACAGGAUCAAGAGAAGAAGAAGAAGAAGGCCAUCAGCUGUCCCGUCGGUCUGAAGAAGUUCAGAAGCUCCUCCUCCAGAAACACUCGCCAACAAACACACAGCAGCUGCAGCCAGCGUCACCAUGACGACAGCUCAGGCAGGUGGCGGCGGCGUUCUGGGAGGAAGACGGGACUCACAGACGGAUCUCAGUAUGUUUUGCUGCAGAGCGUCACAGAGAAGAAGAAGAAGACAGAGGAGACAGACUUCUCCUGUUCCCUGUGUGACAGGAAGUUCUCCUCCAGACUGACUUUGAGGCGACACCUGGGCGUCCAUGGAGGACUCAAACCGUUCACCUGUCCACACUGCCCCUACAGCAGCAGACUGAAGGCCUCACUGCUGCAACACCUGAGGACACACACAGGUGAGAGGCCCUACAGGUGUGCUCAGUGUGCGUAUGCGUCCAUCGACCGCAGCUCUCUGCUCAGACACAGCCGGACUCACAGUGCGGAGCGUCCGUACAGGUGUGAGCUCUGUGACUACAGCAGUAUCCAGAAGAAGAGCCUGGACCUCCACGCCCGCCGUCAUCACACAGGUAUAGCGUUUCCAUGCCAACAGUGUGACUACACGAGUCCAGACCCUCAGCUGCUGCAGAGACACGCCCGCCGACACCACGCCCCCUCUCAGCACGCCACGCUCUGAUUGGCCUGUGGGCAUCAGGGGAGGGAACUUUACAGUUGAUCUGAUGAUGUCACAGAGUGAUGAUGUAACAGUGUGAAGACGUCACAGAGUGAUGAUGUCACAGAGUGAAGACGUCACAGAGUGAUGAUGUAACAGUGUGAAGACGUUACAGUGAUGAUGUCACACAGAGUGAAGACAUCACAGAGUGAUGAUGUAACAGUGUGAAGACGUCACAGAGUGAUGAUGUCACAGAGUGAAGACGUCACAGAGUGAUGAUGUAACAGUGUGAAGACGUUACAGUGAUGAUGUCACACAGAGUGAAGACGUCACAGAGUGAUGAUGUCACAGAGUGAAGACGUCACAGAGUGAUGAUGUCACAGAGUGAAGACGUCACAGAGUGAUGAUGUAACAGUGUGAAGACGUUACAGUGAUGAUGUCACAGAGUGAAGACGUCACAGAGUGAUGAUGUCACAGAGUGAAGACGUCACAGAGUGAUGAUGUCACAGAGUGAAGACGUCACAGAGUGAUGAUGUCACAGAGUGAUGAUGUAACAGUGUGAAGACGUCACAGAGUGAUGAUGUCACAGAGUGUUUUGUAAACAGAUUAAAUGUAUUUUCUUUACA